AUGGCUUCUUCGUCUCCUCCAGAGUCUUGUGUGCAGCUCUACGCUGAGCUGCUGGCUAAUAUACGGCAGAUACGUUUUUACGUUACCACUAAAGAUGCCGUACGGAACGACUCUCGACCGGUGGUCACUCUCGAUAGCUCGCGCUCUCUUGUGACAGUAUCGCAUUCCGACAAGACCCUUACACUUAAGCUCCCUCUAUCUAUAUCUGCCCGAGCUAGAGAACAUCUGGCGACGAGUCAGGCUACUUCGCACGGCGGAGAGAACGAAUACUCCUUUCGCCUUCCGAUAGAUGAAGCAAGUUCCGCUGUAGAUGUCACCUCAAGCCACGAUUAUACCUCAAUGAGCCCUUGGCCAGCGAAGAAUAUGACGGCACAAACAUGUAUUUGUUGCCGCUGCUGCGCAAAUAUAUUAUUUUCCCCAAGAGAGGCCCAAAAUAUUAUAUGGAAGGAUCUCCCUAGCGCAGACUGGGCCGAAAUGAUGGACCUAUGGCAUUGUCAUAAGCCUGACCCGAUACCUAGCAAAGACGGAGAUACGGACUUUACGAGCCUGAAUGGGGAUACCAAGGGCUAUGGUGCUUCGAACCGAGUCGUUUGCAAGCCUGGAACAGUCUUUGUCAACAUUACUUCGUUUGUUAUGACACAAGGCGACUGUCAGGGGGCGAAAAUGACGAUUGCAAAAGGCGAUUCGUCUUUCGACCAAGGAAUCAAUUCCUUUCCACCACAUUCUGUGCCAAAUCUUUGUUGUAAGUCCUGCGGUUCAACCGUUGGCGAAAUGCAAAACUCGCUUCAGGGGAUUGAACUAUUCAAAGCCAGCGUUUCCAUAUCACACCAAGAAAAUUGCGCUUCAGGCACUUGUAUCGACAAGAACUUACUGGAAAAUUAUCCGCCUGAGUUAAUUGUCGGAUUUCAGCUGCUUGAAUCCGUCGAGCGUUCAGGAACAAGGAGGUUUGCAAUACACUGUGGUUCCGCGGAUAACCAGCAACAUAAUGGUCUAUUGGCAUGGGUCUUCAACACGGAUUUGCGAUACUCCUUCAAGGAUACCUCCAGCGCCAGCCGCUCUAUAUCUGCCAAGUGUGCAAUGAAAGUGUUCUACAAGCAUGUGGCCAAUGUGCAACCCCUGGUAAACCCAGAUCUGGGAAUGCCAUCUGUCACAUCCUUGGAAGAACUGCGUCUUCCGCUUCACAUAUAUCACUGCAUAAAAACUGUGCUGGAAAAGAGCACUAGUCUAUUGCCUCCAUCAGGCAGGAAGUUUGGGGAAUGGGAGAUCGGACUUCUUGACCUUGAAUCAGCCUGA